AUGCCUUCUCGUGCCACACGGUCCACACCUACCAAGCUUUACAUGGUGGCAGAGGUAAACCAGCCGUCUGUGCGCUUCAGCAGCAGUGGUGUGAUAUUCGACGAUGCUAUGUUGCUGGCUGGCGUGGCGCAGGUCGAACUUCAUUCACCAGGAGUGCGCUUCAGUCUACAGCAGGCUUUCACCGGAUGUCUGCAGGAUGUGAGAUCCUCGGCGAUUCAAGAUGGCGUGCUCGAUCUCGCUGAGCUAUUAGACGGUGCUGCCCUCUCACCGACGCCCGGCUGUGCCAGGACGCGCGUCUGUGAUGAGGUAACGUGUGAGAACGAGGGAGUCUGUGUUGACAUGUGGACCCACGCUCACUGCCAAUGCAUCGCCGGAUACACGGGUGACGACUGCAGCUUCCAGACGAGCGCGACAUUCACGAACAGAUCGCUCCUGCACUUCCCCGAGAUGUCGCGGGAUGCUGCUGCGCUGAGCACAGAUGCUGGGAGGAGCAAGGAUGCUCAGCGGAGCAGGGAUGCUGCGCUGAUCAGGGAUGAGGAGCGGAAGAGGGAUGCUGCGCUUUGGUCUGAUGUCAUCGAUGAGGUCACAGUGUCUGUGACGCUUGCCAGUCCUGAAAGACCUGGAUCACUGCUGUACACGCUGGGUUCUGACAGUCAGCUAGCAGUGUACAUGGUGAAUGCGUCGGUACAUGUGAUCGUGCUGACGCUAGCGGGGGAGGUACGCGUGAACCUGACAGACUAUCAGCUCACUAACGGCUGGUAUACGCUACACGUGAAAGCUCUCAUGGACCACAUCAUAGUUAAAGUCGAGGACGCGUCGGGGAGCGUCAUGGCGCAGGGCGUCGCCAUCACACCACGCCCGCUAGCCGUCGGCUAUCCCCUCUUCCUGGGAGUCGUGCAUCCUGCAGCCACGGCCGACAUGUGGAGGCUCAGGCUGCCCGCGACCGCAGGGUUUUCCGGGUGUGCGCGCAACCUCACUGUGAACAGGCGACCGGUCAACCUCGCGUCUGCCCGCGGUUACCUUGGCGACCGCGUCGAUCCGCCGGCGGCUGGGCGUGGAUGCUCGGCGGACAGGAACUGCGAUCGCAACGCGUGCGGCGGCGGCGCGGCGUGCGAGGGCACGUGGGCGGGGCCGCGGUGCCUGUGCCCCCCACACCUGACGGGGGAAACCUGCGACAAGGCGCGUGCGUUCACACUGAGCGGAGACGACAGCUACGUGUACGUUGCCGUGGAUACGACAGUCGCAGCGUUCGGCGACCGCGGCUCGCUGGAGUUCCGCACGCGAGACGUGGAGGCGCCCCUGCUGGUGCUCGAGGCAUACGGGGGUAGCGGGAACCUAGAAUACUCGAUGAACGUGCAGAUCGUGGAUUCCGGUCUGCUAGUGAGCACCUACAAGGCAGGCACACUUCAGAGUAGCUUGGACUUGCUUCCCUCCCUUGUCAGCGAUGGUGCGUGGCACACGCUCGCAUGGACAUUCUCCGACACAGGCGUCACCAUCGUUGUCGACGGCAACCACACAGCGAGCUUCGGACACGCCCUGCGUGUGUACAUCGGUGCCCGCGGACCCAUCGUCAAGCUACACGUAGGAGCAGAUCCUCUCGCGCUAGGUCACUACAGUGGAUUUAUGCACGGCUGCAUUCGUAACGUCACGCUCGAUGGCAGGAUGCUCUUACUGGGAGCAGCGCUACCUGGUGACGGAAUCCAGAUUGACAUGAGCAACGCAGUAUCGGGAGCCGGUGACGGAUGCACCGGGCGACCGGCGUGCGCGUCUAACCCAUGUCCCGCGAACGCCGCGUGUCGUGACGUGUGGAACGCCCACGCCUGCGACUGCCGGCCCGGCUGGCAGGGCGACGGAUGCUACGUCAGCGUCGACGACUGCGCCGACCACGCCUGUGCCACCGGCGCCACCUGCGUGGACUCGCAUCGCGGCUACACGUGCGCGUGCCCCGAGGGGUUUACCGGCCCCCGGUGCGACGACGUCGCCGCCGCAUGCGACAGCGCCCCCUGCUGGCCGGACAGCACGAUCGCGUGCGUGUCCGUGUUCCCGGGCGACUUCGACUGUUUCUGUCGGCCGGGAUUCGCCGGAAAAACGUGCGGGGACGACGUCGACGACUGCGCCAGCGCCCCCUGUAGAAACAACGGAACGUGCGUGGACGACGUGGGCGGGUACUCGUGCGUGUGUCCGCGGGAGUACGUCGGCCAAUCGUGUGAGAGAUACUCGGCAUGUUCGUCCGACCCGUGUCUGAACGAGGGAGAGUGCAGCGACGCGGAAGCGACGUUCACUUGUCGUUGUGUUUCCGGGUUCGGCGGCGCCCGCUGCGAGGACUACGAUUGGUGCCUGAACGCGUCGUGCAGCAACGGCGCCACCUGCCGGCCUGACGCCCGCAACUACAGCUGCGAGUGCGCCGCCGGAUACACCGGCGCACUCUGUGAGAGGGUCGACCGCUGCGCCAGCGCCCCCUGCCAAAACAACGGAACGUGUGUCGCGGAUGACGAGCGCGGGUUCACGUGCGUGUGUGCCGACCACCACCAGGGGGCGCUGUGCGAGGAGGCGGUCGACCGCUGCGAGUCAUCGCCGUGUUUAAAUGGCGGCUCGUGCUGGUCGGACGGUGGCGCCGCCGCGGCGUUCGCCUGCGAGUGCACGCCGGGCUGGGAGGGCACCUUCUGUGAGACCGACAUUGCUGAGUGUGAAUCUUCGCCAUGCCUAAACAACGGAACGUGCAUCGACAGCGCGACGGCAGGCGACUUCUUCCCGGGGUACUCGUGCGCGUGCGCCGAAGGCUACAGCGGCGCCACCUGUGCGGAGGAGACAGAUGAGUGUGCGGGGGCGCCGUGCAAAAACAACGGAACAUGCUUGGACCUCGUUGCCGCAUACAGCUGCGAGUGCGUGGCGGGAUUCUCUGGCGUCAACUGCGAGAUGGACAUCAGGGGAUGCUCUUCGUCGCCCUGCGUAAACAACGGAACGUGCGAGACGGGCGAUGGCGGCGAACAAGGCGGCUACGCAUGUCGUUGCGCGGUGGGUUUCACUGGCGCCCUCUGUGGGACGAACAUCGACGACUGCGCAGACCACCGCUGCGCAAACGGCCGCUGCGUGGACGGUGUCGCCACCUACACCUGCGCGUGCGAGCCGGGCUUCGGCGGCGCCCUCUGCGACGAGGUGAUGGACGCGUGUUACAGCGCGCCGUGCGCGAACAACGGAACGUGCUCGUACGUCGGCCUGUGCAGCUGCCACCACGUGGUCGCGCGGUGCGGCUGGCACGAUGAGACGUGCCAGCUCGCACGCUGCGUGCGCGCCCCCGGCUGCAAGACCCACUCUCGCUCGUACAACUGCGACUGCGCCGGCACGGGCUACGCCGGCGCGCUCUGUGAGCGGGAUGUGGACGAGUGCAGCGACGGCGCGGCGUGCGUGCGCGGCGUGUGCGUCAACGCGCCGGGGUCGUACGCGUGCGACUGCGCCGGCACGGGCUACGCCGGCGCGCUCUGUGAGCGGGAUGUGGACGAGUGCAUGGAGGAGGCGGAGCCGUGCGGUCCGCGGGCCGCGUGCGUAAACGCGCCGGGGUCCUACACGUGCGUCUGUCCGCCGUUCGUCGCCAGUCCGUGCCGCAACGGCGGCGGCUGCGCUGUUGCCGCGGCGACGAAGGAGAUCGCGUGUAACUGCACAGGGACGGGUUACGCCGGGCGCUGGUGCAGCGACGAUGUGGACGAGUGCCAGGGGGCGCUGCAUGCGUGUCACGGCGCGGCGACGUGCGUCAACCAUCCCGGCAACUACUCGUGUGUCUGCUCGGAGGAAUACACGGGCACGUUGUGCGACACUUCCAUCGGCGGUGAGGCGGCGCCACUGUCAGCCCGCGCCCUCGCCAUCCUACUGCCGUUCCUCGUCAUCUUGCUGUGUCUGGCCGCCGUCGUUAUCUGGAGCGUCUGGUACGUGCGUCGUAGUCGCAAGAUGAAAGGUAAGUACCGGCCAUCCGUCGCCGAGGAGUCUCACGGAGUGCCCAUCCCCAUGACAACGGUGCCUCAGAGCAACGAGGAGCGACUCGUGUGAUGCUGUCGUCGUUGUUGCCAUGGAGACCGCCAUUCUGCCUGGGUGUAGCGUCAGAAGCAGCCACUCUUUCUCCGCAGAUCGUCGGAAGCUGGAUAAAACGUACAGGAUGCUUUAAAGUUUAAACCGUACCUCGUCUCGUCAUGUUUUCGUGUGUUUUCAUGUGUUUUCGUGUGUUUUCGAGGUCAAUCAUCAUAUUUUUGUAAAUCAUUUUUUAAUACGAGCCACGGCCAUGUGGCUGAGUGAUGGGAGUGAUGGGAAAUCACUCUUGUCUAUUGCUUGCCAUGUAGUCGCUGCUGGUAGUGGGCUUUCAGUGGUUAGUGAAGUAUGGUGAGGACAGGGCUUCAAGCUAAGCAGGGUAACAAGUAAGAAUCACUGUACGUUACCGCGAACAUCUCUUGUGUUCUCACUGCAUUAUAUUUAGGCCAUGGCUACGCGUCCGGUUACCGGACGCCCAGCUCCCAGGCUAUGCGUCUGGUCAUAUAUUUCUUAUGUGAACCCAACUAUAUUUUUCCAGUAAAAAACUAUAAACAAUAAGUUUUACUAUAAUAUCACUUACCAUUAGGUAUUUUAUCAAAAAAAUGUGUUUUUGUAAUUUUUGAAGCAAUAGUAAAUCCAGUGAAAUCAACUAUUUGAA